GCAAAAGGAAAGGAGAAAACAUAACUUAAAAAGGAAAAAGAAGACUUUGUGGGUGUGCAAAUGUCAGGAAAAGUUUACCAGUGAAAAGUCAUAUCGCAAACACAAGCUCGAGGCCCAUCCAGUUACAUGUGAAUACUGUGACAUGAAGUUUCCUUCAGCACGAACAUUUGAGAAACACCUGAAAACCCACCUGCCGAGCGAAGACAAACUGGACCUCAAGGGAAACAAGCUGUUUCUGUGUGACCAUUGCGGACAGUUCUUCAAUAACAAGGAUUUUAAGAGGCACGAGCUGGCGCUUAGCGAAGCAAGUCCGUACAAAUGCGAGUGGAAAAACUGCAAGUCCACUUUCAAAAGGAUGUUUACUUUAAAAAAUCACGUCCGCCAUGUCCACGAAAAAAAUUGUUUCCCCUGCCCUUACGAGGGUUGUGAGAAAACGUUUGGUGUUAGGUCAGUCAUGAUGAAACAUUACAAAGUGCACACGGAUGAGCGCAGCCACCAGUGUUCGUACUGCGGUAAGAUGUUCCAGAGGCCGGACCACCUGAGGGUUCACACGAGGAUCCACACGGGCGCCACCCCGUUUAAUUGUAGCCUGUGUAACUACGGCGGUCGGCAGGCCAACUGUCUCAGGUGGCACAUGAAAACACACCAUCCUGAACACUGCAAAAAGUCGGGGAAGUCAGGCGACAAAAAAGGGGGAAGACCAAGGAAGAAAGUAUAGUGGAGAGUUUGAACACUGUAUCCAUGUGCCCAUUAAGUUCACUUUUUUAAACUCUAUAUCAUACACAAAAAAACUCUUACAACACACGUAAACUUUCAGUCAGGUUCUCUUACCCUUCUCAAGUUGAAAUGGCCCAAAGCCUAAGUCAUGUAUCCUGAGUGAAAAUGACCCUCUGCUGGCAUCAUGCAUUCAUUCGGGAUAUGUGACUUAUGCUUUGAGGGAGUUUAUCUUGUCAGAGAACUGACUGAAGGCUUGUUGGUAAGAGCUUUCUUUGUGUACUGACAUAGAGUU